CAGGAAGUAAAAGUCAGUGAAGCCAUUUAAAAUGUAGCUAAUGUUCAGCUCUCUGCUGUUCAAACAGGACAACGUACACGACAGGAUCUAUUUCUCAUUACUAGAUUAAUGUCAACAUUUCAGAGCAGAUACUGAAGGAGAUAAGGAAAGCACACCAAAUGUCUUUAGUGCGUUAUUAAUAAGGGGUAAAGUACAUUGCUUCUUAUGCUAUUACAGACCAUUAUAGAGAAACAAGUUUGAUGGAUUCAGAAAAAUGGCUUGCGAAUCGACUCUCCCAGAGGAGGAUCUAUCCUGUCCUGUGUGCUGUGACAUCUUCAAGGAUCCUGUUCUCCUGUCUUGUAGCCACAGCUUCUGUAAAGCCUGUCUGCAGGAAUUCUGGAAAGGGAAGGAAUGGCAGGAGUGUCCAGUUUGCAGGAGAAGAUCGUCAAGGUCUGAGCCUCCCAAUAACCGGGCUCUUAAGAACCUAUGUGAGGCCUUCUUACAGGAAAGGCGUCAGAAAGCUUCAGCAGGGUCUGCUGUGCUCUGCAGUCUGCAUGAAGAGAAACUCAAGCUCUUCUGUCUGGAGCAUGAACAGCCUAUCUGUGUGGUGUGUCGUGAUUCAAGGAAACAUAAAAAGCAUGACUGCAUUCCCAUAGAUGAAGCUGUACAGGAUCUUAAGGAGGAACUCGAGCCUACCCUGAAGUCCUUACAGGAGAAAUUGGAAGUCUUUAAGAAAGUCAAACUCACUUGUGAUAAAACAGCACAGCAUAUCAAGAGCCAGGCUGAGGACACAGAGAAAACGAUUAAGGAGGACUUUGAGCGGGUUCACCGGUUUCUACGAGAGGAGGAGGAGGCCACGAUAGCUGCCCUGAGGGAGGAAGAGGAGCAGAAGAGUCAGACGAUGAAGGUGAAGAUUGAAGAGAUGAAUGGACAGAUAUCAUCACUUUCAGACACAAUCAAAGCCAUAGAGAAAGAGCUGGAAGCUGAAGACAUCUCAUUCCUGCAGAACUACAAUGCCACAAUGAAAAGAACCCAGUGCCCACUGCCUGAUCCUGUGAGGGUUUCAGGAGCGCUGAUAGAUGUGGCAAAACACCUGGGCAACCUCAUGUUCAGAAUCUGGGAGAAAAUGAAGGAGAUUGUUCAAUACACGCCGGUGGUUCUGGACCCUAAUACUGUACACUCAAAGGUACUCUGCUCCAUGACCUGGAUGGGGUAUGAUGAUUGCUUUGUAUGGGGUGGUGAGUUCCAGCAGCGUCCUGACAACCCAGAGAGGUUAGCCCAGGGAUGGGCCAUGGGCUCUGAGGGCUUUACCUCAGGGACACACAGCUGGGACAUUGAGAUUGAUGACGAGUUUUGGUUUGCAGGUGUGGCCACUGAGUCAGUCAAUAGGUCUGAUCCUAGAGAUGAAGUCUGGGGUGUUAGCCAUGAUGAUAGUUUUAAUACAGAUUAUAAGGAAGACUUUGAUUAUGUAUAUAAAGUAAGUUGCCCAAAUACUGAAACCAUUUACCUCCCCGUGAGACACAACUCCAGAGUUAAGGACAGGAUCAGAGUUCAGCUGGACAGGGACAGAGGAGAGCUAUCAUUCUACGACAUUGAUAAUAACACACACAUACACACACACACACAAGCAUUCACUGGGAGAAUAUUUCCAAUUUUUUCAGUGCGUGACGGUCUGAGGAUUUUACCAGUGAGGGCCUCUAUAACAGUGGAACAGCACAUUUAGGGCUGCCGGAAAACGUGUGGUGAGCUGGCCUUCACCCCAGUCCGUUUCAUCGGGUUUCGCAACACCCUAUUACUGUUCAUUUGAAAUAAUAAAUAUAUUGACAACGUGUGGAAACUACUGUUUUUUGGGGGGCAGAUUUGUCUUGUGAUUAGUCAUCUUGCACACUUCAUCUGUGCUGCGGUUGUGUGCAUCUUAACCAAUCACAUUCAAGCUCUACUCUUCUUAAAUUUGAAAACAUAUCACUCCCAAUAGAAAUAAGUUACUCAAAUGCAAUGUAAAUGUAAUAAGUCAUUUAGCAGACGCUCUUAUCCGGAGAGACUUAAAUGAGCAAGGCACUUAAGGUUAAUUGCUCAUUUGAGGGCACAGACAGAUUUUGAACGUCAUGAAAACUAGACCAACUGACGUCAGGAAAAUGUGAACGUGUUCAAAUUUGAUUCAAGAUUCAGCUUGACUACUUAAUCUUUAAUACUUUUCUAUCCAAAUGAUUUACUGAAAUGAGCCUCAGAACACUGAUAAUACAGUGCCUUCAGAAAGUAUUCAGACCCCUUGACUGGUUCCAAAUUUUCUUACCUUAGUCUUAUUCUAAAAGUGAUUAAAUUGUUUUUGUUUUUCCCCCAUUCAUCAAUCUACACACAAUACCCCAUAAUGACAUCACAGGUUUAGACAUUUUUGCAAAUGUGUUAAAAAUAAAAAAACAAAUACUUAUUUACUUAAGUAUUCAGACCCUUUGCUAUGAGACUUGAAAUUUAGCUCAGGUGCAUCCUGUUUCCAUUUAUCAUCCUUAAUAUUUCUACAACUUGAUUGUAGUCCACUUGUGGUAAAUUCAAUUGAUUGGACAUUACUUGGAAAGGUACACACCUGUCUAUAUAAGGUCCCACAGUUGUCAGAGCAAAAACCAAGCAAUCCCAACAGCAUGGGUAUUGUCCGUAGAGCCCCGAGACAGGAAUGUGUCGACACAGAUCUGGGGAAUGUUCCAAAACAUUUCUGUAGCAUUGAAGGUCCCGAUGAACACAGCGGCCUUCAUCAUUCUUAAUUGGAAGAAGUUUGGAAACACCAAGACUUCCUAGAGCUGGCCGCCUGGCCGAACUGAGCAAUCAGGGGAGAAGGGCUUUGGUCAGGGAGGUGACCAAGAACCCGCUGGUCACUCUGACAGAGCUCCAGAGUUCCUCUGUGGAAAUGGGAGAACCUUCCAGAAGGACAAUCAUCUCUGCAGCACUCCAAGGUCUUUAUGGUAGAGUGGCCAGACGGAAGCCACUCCUCAGUAAAAGGCACAUGACAGCCCGCUUGGAGUUUGCCAAAAGGCACCUAAAGGAAUCAGACCAUGGGAAACAAGAUUCUCUGGUCUGAUGUAACCAAGAUUGAACUCAGCCUGAAUGCCAAGCGUCACGUCUGGAAGAAACCUGGCACCAACCCUACGGUGAAGCAUGGUGGUGGCAGAAUCAUGUUGUGGGGAUGUUUUUCAGUGGCAGCGACUGGGAGACUAGUCCGAAUCAAGGGAAAGCUGAAUUGAGCAAAGUAGAAAGAGAUGCUUGAUGAAAAUCUGCUCAAGACCUCAGACUGGGGUGAAGGUUCACCUUCUAACAGGACAACAACCCUAAGCGUACAUCCAAGACAAUGCUGGAGUGGCUUCAGGACAAGUCACUGAAUAUCCUUGAGCGGCCCAGCCAGAGCCCGGACUUGAUCUCAAUCAAACAUAUCUUGAGAGAGCUGAAAAUAGCUGUGCAGAGACGCUCCCCAUCCAACGUGACAGAGCUUGAGAGGAUCUGCAGAGAAGAAUGGGAGAAACUCCCCAAAUACAGGUGAGCCAAGCUUGUAGCGUCAUACCCAGGAAGACCUGUGGCUGUAAUCGCUGCCAAAGGUGCUUCAACAAAGUACUGAGUAAAGGGUCUGAAUACUUAUGUAAAUGUGAUGUUUCGUUUUUUAUAAAUAGCAAAAAUGUCAACCUGUUUUUGCCUUCUCAUUAUGGGGUAUUGUGUGUUAAACAAUUUAAUACAUUUUAGAAUAAGGCUGUAAAGUGACAAAAUGUGGAAAAAGACAAGGGGUCUGAAUACUUUCCAAAUGUACUGUAUAGAUAGAUAUAUUGAACACUAUUUUAUAUAUAUUGAACACAAUAUUAUAUAGAUAUUUAACAAUGUAUGUAUAUAGAAAUAUUGAACACAAUAUUAUAUACAGUGGGGAGAACAAGUAUUUGAUACACUGAUUUUGCAGGUUUUCCUACUUACAAAGCAUGUAGAGGUCUGUAAUCUUUUAUCAUAGGUACACUUCAACUGUGAGAGACGGAAUCUAAAACAAAAAUCCAGAAAAUCACAUUGUAUGAUUUUUAAGUAAUAUUGCAUGACAUAAGUAUUUGAUACAUUAGAAAAGCAGAACUUAAUAUUUGGUACAGAAACCUUUGUUAGCAAUUACAGAGAUCAUACGUUUCCUGUAGUUCUUGACCAGGUUUACACAUACUGCAGCAGGGAUUUUGGCCCACUCCUCCAUACAGACCUUCUCCAGAUCCUUCAGGUUUCGGGGCUGUCGCUGGGCAAUACAGACUUUCAGCUCCCUCCAAAGAUGUUCUAUUGGGUUCAGGUCUGGAGACUGGCUAGGCCACUCCAGGACCCUGAGAUGCUUCUUAUGGAGCCACUCCUUAGUUGCCCUGGCUGUGUGUUUCGGGUCGUUGUCAUGCUGGAAGACCCAGCCACGACCCAUCUUCAAUGCUCUUACUGAGGGAAGGAGGUUGUUGGCCAAGAUCUUGCGAUACAUGUCCCAUCCACCCUCCCCUCAAUACGGUGCAGUCGUCCUGUCCCCUUUGCAGAAAAGCAUCCCCAAAGAAUGAUGUUUCCAGCUCCAUGUUUCACGGUUGGGAUGGUGUUAUUGGGGUUGUACUCAUCCUUCUUCUUCCUCCAAACACGGCGAGUGGAGUUUAGACCAAAACGCUCUAUUUUUGUCUAAUCAGACCAUAUGACCUUCUCCCAUUCCUCCUCUGGAUCAUCCAGAUGGUCAUUGGCAAACUUCAGAUGGGCCUGGACAUGUGCUGGCUUGAGCAGGGGGACCUUGCGUGCGCUGCGGGAUUUUAAUCCAUGACGGCGUAGUGUGUUACUAAUGGUUUUCUUUGAGACUGUGGUCCCAGCUCUCUUCAGGUCAUUGACCAGGUCCUGCCGUGUAGUUCUGGGCUGAUCCCUCACCUUCCUCAUGAUCAUUGAUGCCCCACGAGGUGAGAUCUUGCAUGGAGCCCCAGGCCGAGGGUGAUUGACCGUCAUCUUGAACUUCUUCCAUUUUCUAAUAAUUGCGCCAACAGUUGUUGCCUUCUCACCAAGCUGCUUGCCUAUUGUCCUGUAGCCCAUCCCAGCCUUGUACAGGUCUACAAUUUUAUCCCUGAUGUCCUUACACAGCUCUCUGGUCUUGGCCAUUGUGGAGAGGUUGGGGUCUGUUUGAUUGAGUGUGUGGACAUGUGUCUUUUAUACAGGUAACAAGUUCAAACAGGUGCAGUUAAUACAGGUAAUGACUGGAGAACAGGAGGGAUUUUUAAAGAAAAACUAACAGGUCUGUGAGAGCCGGAAUUCUUACUGGUUGGUAGGUGAUCAAAUACUUAUGUCAUGCAAUAAAAUGCUAAUUAAUUACUUAAAAAUCAUACACUGGGAUUUUCUGGAUUUUUGUUUUAGAUUCCGUCUCUCACAGUUGAAGUGUACCUAUGAUAAGAAAUUACAGACUUCUACAUGCUUUGUAAGUAGGAAAACCUGCAAAAUCGUCAGUGUAUCAAAUACUUGUUCUCCCCAUUGUAUACACACUACCGGUCAAAAGUUGACACACCUACUAGGGUUUCUUUAUUUUUAUUAUUUUCUACAUUAAUAGUGAAGACAUCAAAACUAUGAAAUGGCACAUAUGGAAUCGUGUAGCAACCAAAAAAGUGUUAAACAAAAUCUUCAAAGUAGCCACCUUUUGCCUUGAUGACAGCUUUGCACACUCUUGGCAUUCUCUCAACCAGCUUCAUGAGGUAGUCACCUGGAAUGCAUUUCAAAUAACAGGUGUGCUUUGUUAAGUUAAUUUGUGGAAUUUCUUUCCUUAAUGCAUUUGAGUCAAUCAGUUGUGUUGUGACAAGGUAGGGGUGGUAUACAGAAGACCGCCCUAUUUGGUAAAAAACCAAGUCCAUAUUAUGGCAAGAACAGCUCAAAUAAGAAAAGAAAAUGACAGUUCAUCAUUAUUUAGACCUGAAAGUCUGUCAAUCCGGAACAUGUCUAGAACUUCGAAAGUUUCUUCAAGUGCAGUCGCAAAAACCAUUAAGUGCUGAAGAAACUGGUUCUCAUGAGGAACGUCACAAAAAAGAAAGACCCAGAGUUACCUCUGCUGCAGAGGAUAAGUUCAUUAGAGUUACCAGCCUCAGAAAUUGCAGCACAAAUAAAUGCUUUACAGAGUUCAUGUAACAGACACAUCUCAACAUCAACUGUUCAGAGGAGGCUGUGUGAAUCAGGCUUUCAUGGUCGUAUUGUUGCAAAGAAACCACUACUAAAGGACACCAAUAAGAAGAACAUACUUGCUUGGGCCAAGAAACAUGAGCGAUGGACAUUAGACUGGUGGAAAUCUGUCCUUUGGUCUGACGAGUCCAAAUUUGAGAUUUUGGGUUCCGACCGCUGUGUCUUUGUGAGACACAGAGUAGGUGAACAGAUGAUCUCUACAUGUGUGGUUCCCACCGUGAUGCAUGGAGGAGGAGGGGUGCUUUGCUGGUGACGAUUUAUUUAGAAUUCAAGGCACACUUAACCAGCAUGGCUACCAAAGCAUUCUGCAGCAAUAUGCCAUCCCAUCUGGUUUGCGCUUAGUGGGACUAUAAUUUGCUUUUCAACAGAACAAUGACCCAGAACACACCUCCAGGCUGUGUAAGGGCUAUUUGACCAAGGAGAGUGAUGGAGUGCUGCAUCAGAUGACCUGGCUUCCACAAUCACCCAACCUCAACCCAAUUGAUAUGGUUUGGGGUGAGUUGGACCACAGAGUGAAGGAAAAGGAGCCAACAAGUGCUCAGCAUAUGUGGGAAGUCCUUCAAGACUGUUGGAAAAGCACUCCAGGUGAAGCUGGUUGAGAGAAUGCCAAGGGUGUGCAAAGCUGUCAUUUAGGCAAAGGGUGGCUACUUUGAAGAAUCUAAAAUGUUUUGAUUUGUUUCACAUUUUUUUGGUUACUACAUGAUUCCAUGUGUUAUUCCAUCAUUUUGAUGUCUUCACUAUUAUUCUACAAUGUAAAAAUAAAGAAAAACCCUUGAAUGGUACUGUAAGUCAAUGGGGCGACAUGUCAAUGAUUUAAGAGGGUUUUGAUGAUUUUAAAUUGUUUUACUGUCCAGAUCCGUCUACACUUGUAAUAAUAUCCAGACACCAUGUGGGCAUGGUCAGGAAGAUCUGAUCACAAUGAGUCUUUUAAUCAUCUUAAAAAUGUGGGCACAAUCAGAAUGUGGACAAGAUCAGAACAAAGGACACAUUUUAGCACCAGGUAUAAACAGGGCUUAUGUCAUACCAUAUGGGCAACUGGCAACCCUCUGAAGUCGGUUACAAUGCAAAACCGCAGUCAGGUCAAGAUGACGCGUACACAGAUUAGUUUCCCGGAGAUGGUUUCUAACAGUUUGUGCAGAAAUUCUUCGGUUGUGCAAACCCACAGUUUCAUCAGCUGUCCGGUGGCUGGUCUCAGACAAUCCCACAGGUGAAGGAGCCGGAUGUGGAGGUCCUGUGCUGGCGUGGUUACACGUGGUCUGCGGUUGUGAGGCCAGAUGGACGUACUGACAAAUUCAAUAAAAUGACAUUGGAGGUGGCUUAUGGUAGAGAAAUUAACAUUAAAUUCUCUGGUGGAUAUUCCUGCAGUCAGCAUGUCAAUUGCACACUCAAAACAUGUGGCAUUGUGUUGUGUAACAAAACUGAACAUUUUAGAGUGGCCUUUUGUCCCCAGCACAAGGUGCACCUGUGUAAUGACCAUGCCGUUUAAUCAGCUUCUUGAUAUGCCACACCUGUCAGGUGGAUGGAUUGUUUUGGCAACGGAGAAAUGCUCACAAACAGGGAUGUCAACAUUUGUGAAGUAAGCCUUUUGUGAGAAUGCUUUUUUUUUUUGUGGGUGGGGUGAUCAUUAAAUUCAGCUCAUGAAACAUGGGACCAACACUUUCAUUGUUGCAUUUAUAUUUUUGUUCAGCGUCUGUGACAAAGGUUAAAUGUACAACCUUGUUAGACAUUUCUGCCAUGAUUGUUUGCACAUCAUGCUUUGGCAAUAUCAUGGGUCAAACUUGAUCUGAAGCUGCCAUCCUGUUGCUGCGGAAACAUGACACAAAAGCAGUUACACCAGAAUAUUACAACAAAACGUCAAUGGGUCACUUCUACUAAAUGUGUGGUAGCCAGCAUCAUUCAAAGAAACCACAAGUUGUCUUGAUCAGUUCACCAUACCAUUGUAAACAAACUAAAGUAUAAGCAUUAUGAGACUUUGUUGCACUGUAAAUCUGGUUUAAGGAAAUACUAGAAGAAAUGUACAAAACAACCAUUUAUUUUGCUGGCCAUUUUUUAAUCUUAAGAGCUUAUACAGUUGAUUCAUUGCAUAGGAUACAUACAUGAGUAAUAAACCUUAAUACAAUUAUUUUAAUACCUCCAGAAUAUUGAAUAAUUCCCCCCAAUUAAAACCUUCAGACCGAUAAGCAUUCUGACUAGUCUGAAGUAUUGACACAGGUGCAUUAAGAUAUUACAUGAGCUGGAAAUCAACCAAACAAGUUUACAGCUGUAGGGUAGUUCCACAAAAUGAGUCCCUUUUGCAUCCCUUUGAUAUUUUAAGUAGAAAUGUUGCACCAAUAUUGGAUUUUAAAAGCCUGCCAUAUUAAUACAACAUGGUGGAUGGAUUAUAGACAUGGACAAUUCAUUAGAUUUUUAUAUAUCAAUUAAAGAGUUAGUGCCAACAUUCAGCAUUUUAACAUGUCCCUCUGCAAUCUGACUUCUCAGAUUUGAACU